GUCUGUCUAUGACGGUUCAGAACAUGGCCGCUUCAUGGAGAAGCUGGAUGCUCGCAUCCGGAACCACGACCGGGAAAUCGAGAAGAUGUGCAACUUCCACUACCAGGGCUUUGUGGAUUCCAUCACGGAGUUCCUGAAGGUCCGGGCAGAGGCCCAGAAGCUCAAGAAUCAAGUCACGGAUACGAAUCGGAAGCUGCAGCUGGAAAGCAAGCAACUAGUGGGCGCCAUGGAAGAGCUGAGGCAGUGCCGGCUGCAGCAGUGGAACAUCUCCGCCACGGUGGAUAAACUCAGCCAGUGCCUUCCCGUUCUGGAGAUGGAGAGCAAGUUAAGGGAGCAGAUGAAGUCCAAAAGGCAUUACCCCGCCCUGAAGACCUUGGAGCACCUGGAGCGCAUGUGCCUGCCUCAAGUCAACCAUUACCGCUUCUGCAAGGUCAUGGUGGAGAACAUUCCACGGCUGCGCGAGGAAAUCAAAGACGUCUCCAUGUCUGACCUCAAAGACUUCCUGGAGAGCAUCCGCAAACACUCGGACAAGAUCGGGGAGACGGCAAUGAAGCAGGUGAGCCACCAGGCGGGGGCCGUCUUUUCCCCCGUGCAGCCGCAGGCCCUGGGAGCUCCCCCUUCUGGCAGCCUGUCU